AUGCUACGGCUCAUUCUCUUCAUUGCUGUCGUUGGUUCUACGGUGUUUUGUAGUCGAGAGAAAGACUUUCGGAUUCGAACCAAUCGGAUAUGGGAAGAGGAAAAAGAAAAGAAACCGUACUCUGGACGAUGGCAAGAUCUUGAAACUGAUCCAUAUGAUAACGUAGUUCAUUUUGAUGGAGAAACACAUCUCGCAAAUGUCAAACAACUGACUUUCGAAGGAAUGAAUGCUGAAGGAUAUUUCAGUUUUGAUAAUUCAAAGCUAACACUUCAAGCCACUGGAUACGGUACUGAUUGUGAUCAAAUCUACGAAUUAGAUCUGAAUAUUGACCCAAAACUUCAAACAUUGAGAAGAAUUAGUACUGGAUUGGGAGGUACAACAUGCUCAUAUUUCUACAAAGAAGAGGAUAACAAUCAUAGAUUGUACGCUGGAAAUUGGUGGAAUGUCAAGAUUGAUAAUCACACUGACGUAUCGAAGACGUGCCCUCAAAAACAGUGUGCAAAUCCACAAACGGAUGAACUGAAACAACUUUGCAAUACCAGUUACACUUGGGAUAUUUUCGAUGAUUACGAUAUCUUCAAGGUUGACCGUUACGGAAACUUCGUCCAACGCCUCACUGAUACUCCAGGAUAUGAUGCAGAAGGUGUCGUCUCUCCGGAUGGAACAAAAAUUGCAUUCACUUCAAUUCGUUCGGGUGAUUUGGAGCUGUAUGUUAUGAAUACUGAUGGAUCAAAUCUGACUCAAGUAACGAAUGAGCUCGGUUAUGACGGUGGAUCAUUCUUCACUCCAGACGGGAAACGAUUGAUUUUUCGAGCAAGUCGCCCGAAGACUCCCGAGGAUAUUGCAAAAUACAAGAAGUUGCUAUCAUACAACCUAGUUGAGCCUAUUGCAAUGGAGUUGUUUAUUGUUGAUAUUGAUGGAAAGAAUAUGAGACAAAUCACACAUCUUGGUGAAGCGAAUUGGGCUCCAUAUAUGUUGAAUGAUAAUAAGAGGAUCGUAUUCAGUAGUAAUUACAAUGCAGCAGCAAAUGGAUUUGGAGCUUUUAGUAUCUUUAUGAUCAAUGACGAUGGAACUGGAUUAGAGCAAAUUACGUUUGGAAAAGACCAAUUCAACUCGUUCGCAAUGCAAAGCUAUGAUGGAAAGAAAUUGGUUUGGGGAUCGAGUAGAAAUGGAACGAAUUAUGCAUUGAAUUUGUUUAUUGCUGAUUGGAUCGAUCAUCCAGAUACAACCACUUCGAUACCAUCAACUUCUACAACAACAACGACAUCAACUACACAAAAGACUGAAACAACCACUAAAACUUCUGUUCCAUUGUCGCUUCACACGAUAUUUUCACUUGUUCUAAUCGCAUGCUUCCACUAA